AUGCAAAUUUAGAGUGUUACUAAAGCAUACAAUUUGGAUAGGAAAAAAGCUAACACCUCUCUAGAGAGUUAGAAUUUGUCGAUCACUGACACAAGCAUAAGCGAGCACAUGAAAUCUGUAUGCAGCUCUAAUCAUUUGAAAAUGACUUACUCUAUAUAGGAGCGUCUAUAUAAAAGACUUGUAUUGGAUUGGUAAGAGCAGAUAAUCUCUCUCAGAUUGAAUUAUGUUCCUGCGCAUAUUGCUAACGAUGGUUCAACCUACAGAGGUUACUUGUUGAAACUUGAGAGAUACGGACCAGGUACCUAAAUAUGGGAAGAUGGCAGUGUGUAUGUUGGGGAGUGGAAAGAUGAUUAAAAGAAUGGAAUUGGAAAACUUAUAACUGCAACUGGUGAUGUGUACGAGGGAAGCUGGAGAAAUGAUAAAGCAAAUGGAAAGGGAACUUAUCACUACUAAAAUGGAUCCGUAUUUUAAGGAACAUGGCUAGAUGAUCUUCAAGAAGGUGAAGGACUAGAGAAGUGGCCUGAUGGUGCAAACUACAAAGGUAUGUAUAGAAAUGGAAUGAAAAACGGUUUCGGUAAAUUCAUUUGGCCGAAUGGAUCGACCUAUGAAGGAAAUUUCUACGAUAACUCAAUCAAUGGAAAAGGAAUAUAUAAAUGGAGUAAUGGAAAGAUGUUUGAAGGAGAAUGGAAAAAUAACUUGAUGAAUGGCAAAGGAGUAUUCAAGUGGCCAAAUGGAAAGAGAUAUGACGGUGAGUACUUAAACGAUAAAAGGCAUGGCUACGGUAAGUUCUUCUGGCCAGACGGCAGAACCUAUGAAGGAGAAUUUUUCAAGGGUAAGCAGCACGGUAGAGGACACUAUGUAAACGAAAACAAAGAGAUAUUCCUUGAGGAAUGGAAGCAUGGUGUUAAGAUUAGAUACCAACUGGUAGAUGCCAUAGUGCACGAGAAGUAUUGA